CAGACGGUGUCGGAAGUGAUUUUAGUGAACUCAUCCAAACUGAAUCAAUAUCUGGAGAGUAAGCCCAACAUAAGUCAGUCUACAGGCGCUGAAUGUGCACUCGUUAUCUUCUACUACAAGUGGUGUCCCUUUAGUGCCAAAUAUGCCAAACAUUUCAACGCAUUGGCCAGAGUUUACCCACAGUUUCACGUGUUAGCCAUCGAUGCCUAUGGACUCAACAGUGUUAACAUGAGGUAUGGCUUAGUAGGCAUUCCCAGUGUCUUAUUCUUCCACAACGGGAAAGUUGUGGGAAAAGUGAACGACUCGGAGCCCACUGUCGACGGCUUUGUCACAUAUAUUAGCCAAUUGACGGGUAUGUCGCCCGUGGGCUCCACCAAUAUCACCGAAUCAGACCUGUCGGGCCCCCUGUCCAGUGAGCCGGAGCCCCGCUUUGAC